CUCCCUGAUGUAUAAUAGCCGUGGUAGCAAUAUUAUCUAGUGAGCUUGUUUAGCUAAUUCGGGUGAAAUGAAACAUCUAAACCGUUAAUUUAUUUUCAAUGUAAUGUCAUAUGAAGUGAUCAAAUUUAAAACAAAUACAUAUAAUCGACAGUAUGUGUUUGUUGCUCGGUUCGACUGGUGUUGGAAAAACCCUUCUACUCAAACGUUUACAGAAGCUCACACGAGACCAGCCAGCUGAUUUGGGUGAAGCUCCUGUAACACUCCCCACUGUUGGAACAAAUCUCACCGACCUGAAAUUCAAAAAGAAGAGGGUAACCGUGAGAGAGCUCGGAGGUUGCAUGGGCCCCAUAUGGCAUAGCUUUUACGCAGACUGCGCCUCUGUCAUUUUCGUGGUGGAUUCAGCCAAUAUCACCCAGAUAUCCUCCUCCUGCAUCCAGCUGUUGUCUGUCCUCUCAGCUGAGGCUCUUCAUGGUGCUUCAGUGCUUGUGCUCUUCAACAAAAGGGAUCUUCCUUGCACUAUGACUCUGAUGGAGAUGAAGUCACUUUUCAGAAUGAAUGACAUCAUUGCCUCAGCCCCUCAAUCGAUUACCACAUUGGAGGUGAGCGCACGCUCUGGCCAGGGACUAAAGGAGGUGUUGAGCUGGUUAGAAAGCCUAACUGGGACCUGAAGACGGGCCCAAAACACCAGGAACUGCUCUGGAGCACUGCUCCACAGAGUGUUUGAGGAAGCCUAGUAUCUUGGACUAGAUUGGAUUUACUCCAUGCUGUGGAAACAUAUGCACUGAGAAGAUGACGGUUUUUGAGGCAAUUAUGAAUGACUGCAGUUUCACUUGGUAAAUAUAUAUAUAUAUACACACAACCUAUACUGGACUGCGUUAGUGAAGUUAGAUAACUUUUGGAUCUUCAUAGAAUAGGUAAAUCUAUGAUAAAACAAUGCCUGUAAACAACCUGUAAGGUACAUGCCAAAAAAAGUAUGAUAUGAAAAAUAAAAUGGAACUCAAGUGAUUUAAAUGCCAUUGCUGAGGCAGGACAACUAAAUGAGAGAGAAAAAAAAACACUGAAGAAUAAAUGACUGCAAGAGCUGCAA